GUCGAAAGCAAAAAGCCAACAACCCACCGGAAAUGCUCUGCCCCACGAUACCUUCCUCAGUCUCUUCUGAGUCCGACCCGAAAACCCUCCUCUGCAAUCGCAACCCGAAUCAAACACCGAGAAAUGGAGGACAAACCUGCGGGCAGUCCAGCGGCGGCGACGCCUGGUGCGGAGGCACAGCCGUCCGCGGAUGCACCAUCGUCACGGCGGCGAGCUGGAGGGCUGAAAAGGAAGGCCAACUCGCUGUCGACCUCCACCUCUUCCUCCUCCACUCCUUCCAAGCGGAUGACCCGGGACCGAGAGAAAGCGGCGAUGUCGCUCUCCCUCGCUCAAAUUCACAAUGGCCCGUUGACUAGGGCAGCCCGACAUGGUCCCAGCACCUUCGGCUCUUCCUCCGGUGGCCGUGGGGCUGCUGGCGGCGUGAAGCUGGAGGAGAAGGAAAAGGUUGGUUUGGCGGCGGCGAUGGCGGCGGCAGCGGCGGAGGAGGAGGAGCGGAACAAAUUGGAGGAGUUGGGGAAGAAGAUUGAGGCGGAGUUUGAAGCUGUUAGAUCUCGGGAUUCUAAUGCUCAUGUGGUACCUAAUCACUGCGGGUGGUUUUCAUGGACAAAAGUUCAUCCUCUUGAGGAGCGUGCAUUGUCAAAUUUCUUCAAUGGGAAGUCUCCUGAUCGAACUCCUGCCACGUACAUGGAGAUACGUAAUUGGAUUAUGAAGAAGUUCCACACGAACCCAAAUGAACAGAUCGAGUUAAAAGAUUUAUCCAAUCUUGAAUUCGUAGACUUGGAAGCAAGGCAGGAGGUUCUAGAGUUCUUGGAUUACUGGGGAUUGAUUAAUUUCCACCCUUUCCCACAAAUGCCUGAUAAUUCUGAAAAUUCAGAGGAUGCGGGAACAACGACAAGCGAUUCAUUACUUGAGAAGUUAUUCCGGUUUGGACCUGUUCCAUCAUGUGCAGAUGUUGCUCCCAAGCCUAGCUCCUCGACUACAUCUGUGUCAUCAGGAUUGUUUCCAGAUUCUACAAUUGCAGAAGAGUUGCUUCAGCCCGAGGGACCGUCAGUUGAGUACCACUGUAAUUCUUGCUCAGCUGAUUGCUCUCGCAAGCGCUACCACUGUCAGAAGCAGGCAGAUUAUGAUUUGUGUGCUGAUUGCUUUAACAAUGGGAAGUUUGAUCCGGACAUGUCGUCCUCAGAUUUUAUUCUCAUGGAGCCUGCGGAGGCUCAUGGGCUCAGUGGAGGAAAGUGGACAGAUCAAGAGACCCUGCUUCUUCUCGAGGCAUUGGAAAUUUAUAAAGAAAACUGGAAUGAGAUUGCAGAGCAUGUUGCAACAAAGACAAAGGCUCAGUGUAUCUUACACUUUGUCCAAAUGCCAAUUGAGGAUGCUUUUUUGGAUUCUAACAAUGUGGAUGACACAGCGAAGGAAGUAGCUGACACAAGUGCAACAAAUGAAACUGCCCCUGAAACAAGUAAUGUUAAAACUGGCUCAAAAGAGGACCAGAGUCAGACUUCUCCUAUGGAGACUUCAAAACCAGAAGAUACCAUUGAAGUGAAAGACAUUUCUGAGAAUGGAAGUGAAGGAAAGGAAUCCGCUCCUCAAGUUGCGAAAUCAGAUGCUGAUGAAGGGAAAGAGAUUUCAGAAACUCCGAAACCAGAUGCUGGCGACGGAAAAACUAGUGAAGACGAUGUUGCAUUGAGAGCUCUAACAGAAGCAUUUGAGGCUGUUGGUUAUGCAUAUAGUCCUGGCUUAUCGUUUGCUGAAGUUGGAAAUCCAGUCAUGGCUAUGGCAGCAUUUUUUGUCAGAUUGGUUGGAGGAGAUGUUGUUUCAGCUUCUGCUCGGAUUUCUCUAAAAUCAGUGUCAAGCAGUUCUCCCGGACUGCAGCUUGCAGCACGACAUUGCUUUCUCUUGGAAGAUCCACCAGAUACCAGAAAAGAACAAGGAGAUGGUGAUUGUGAUGUGGCUGAGAAGACUGAACAGCAUGAUGCUCCCAUUGGAAACCAGGAUGAUAAGAAUGAGUCAGCAAAUAAUGGCACUUCGGAUCCAGAUGUUUUGGUAUCAGCAAGUGACCUGGAUAAUGAUAAAAACAAGGUUUCUUCCACAGACAAAAACAAAUCGGUAGAUUCUCCAAAUGAUGAAUCCAAUGAAAAGGAAAAGACUACAGAAGUAGGUCUUGGAGUCAGUCAAGAGGGAGGUGGAGCUAAUGUGUCAAAGGAAGUAAGUGUUUCGGACCAACCACUCGACACGGAGGAGGAAUUGCAUGAACCACAACCAAUGUCAGAAUCCUCUCCAGAGCCUGUGAAGAAGCAAGAAUCCUCUCCAGUGACCGUGAAGGAGCAAGAAGAAGGAUCUUCUGCUGUUGAUCAUCCUCAGGUUAAAGUGAUGGGUGACAAUGUGGAGAUGGUGUCUGGUGCAGAGAAAGUUGAACCAUCUUCUACAUCACUGGCUGGUGAAGUCCUGGAUCAAGCUGCUGCUGAGGUCUCAAAAGAAGUAGGAGACAUUGUUUCAGAUGCUAUUCCCGUUGACAAGGAUGAUAAGCAGGAGCAAGUGAAACCGAGUUUAACAGUAGAAGAUAAGGUUCAUACCGAGGAUAUUGACAUGACAUCUUCUCAACCUUCUGAAGGAAAGAAUGAUGAGAAGCCUGAAGAGGAUGAUGAGAAACGAAUCUCUACAAGUAUAGUGGUUGAAGAUGGAGCAACUGCAGGGGAGGCCCAGAAAGAUAGUAGUACGAAGGAGAAGUCUUAUUGUGAAGGGUCUAAAGAUGGCUGCAAGAUUGAUAAGCUAAAGCGUGCUGGAGUAGCUGCACUUUCAGCAGCUGCUGUGAAGGCAAAACUUUUGGCGGAUCAAGAAGAGGACCAAAUCCGCCAGCUGACUGCAGCACUGAUUGAAAAGCAGUUGCAGAAACUUGAAAUGAAGCUGGCUUUCUUCAAUGAUAUGGACACCGUAAUUUUGAGGGUAAAGGAGCAACUGGACAGGUCAAGGCAGAGACUUUACCAAGAGCGAGCACAAAUAAUCGCAGCUCGCCUUGGUUAUCCUGUUUCAUCAUCAUCGUCUAAACCACCUGCCCAUCCCGCUCUAGCUGCCAACAGAAUUGCAAUGAACUUUGCGAAUGCAUUUCCAAGGCCACCGAUGGGAUUGGCUUCUGCACAAAUGACUCCGGUUUCCAGACCCAUGGGUGUUGGUGGGGUGGGGAAUAACGCUUCUUCUAACCCUUUUAACCCCACCGUGCCAGUAAAUUCCGUUAUGCCUUCUAGCCAGGAUACACCACUAUCUUCAGUUGAGACAAAAUAGUAUUCCUCGAAUGCCAGGCACCCAUUGCCUCUUUCGACACCAGUCGAUAUCGUACAUCUCACCAAGUGAGUGCUUUUUUCCUGCAUGCUAACUAACAGAUAACAAUUUCUGCUACGAUUAAGCAAAUUGUCAUUUUUCUCUAUUUCCAUGCAUAUACACCUAGGAGAUCUAUAGCUUUCUCUGGAGUAGACCAGGUAACUCAAAAUGAUAUAUUGGUUGGUUUUUCUCGUUGCUGGUCUCUUGGUCAUCACAUUAACUGGUAAUGGCUGCAUGUUUAACUGCGUGUCUGAAAUCCAGAUUUUAGCUUUAUCCUACUCAAACUCGACCAAACCAGGGGUUUCAAAUGGAAAAUUGUAAAUAGUUGGUGCGUGGAAUUGUCAUAUCCAUUAUCGCAUCCUUCAAUUUCUAGGAUAAACUUCAUCAGUCUGUGUACAGAUCUUCUAUCCAUGUACUGUAGUGAAAUGAUUUCAUUAUAUUGUCUUUCAAUGUUUCUAUGAUUCAUUUCUGUCCUUGCUGUUACCGGUGCAUUGUGAAUGACUAAGUUCCUUAAUUCUAAUGUGUCUUGAUAUCAUAUCCUCAUUCCAGUUUAUUACCAUUAGAAGGUGCUGAAGAAAGCACCCACACAAUAGUUGAUCCCCAGAUGCUGGCUAUAUCUUGAAAAGGUUGUACGCAAUGCAAGCCGUUCUGGCCGGUUUCAAGAUAUUGAUACGCGGUGAGAAGUAAGACCAAUUGGCUAUGCUUCUUUACCUGAGCAUAAAGAUGGUGGCGGGCUUUCACUAUCUUAGUCGAAAACGAGAUGGUAGGGGUGUUUCGUGAUGUGCAAGUAUUGUAUGUUGUAGAAAUGGUAUGUUAGCGUAUAGUUAAAUUGAUGAUGAUGAUGAUUGAUGACAGGAGUGGAAAAUUAACAGUGCUGACUUUGCUACUGAGCUUGUUUAUUACCAGACAUGUAACCAACUAUUAGGGGGGAGACAUGUAGAGAAUGGGGUAAAAAUGGCAUGUGUAUGUUUCUGAAAUUGUGAAUGCCAUAGAUUCGCCGUCGGUGUAUUUGCCCUAAUUUUAUUUUUCCUUUGCCAACAAGUCGACCCGAGCAAAGCGAAAUCGUUUAACUUGACGUGCACGCUACAAAGAGUAAUGUAGCUAGGGG